AUGGCAUCGCCCUCACAAACCAGCACGGACGGGAUGGUGACUCCAGAUCCGGACGCUAUAGAGCCCCCCGUCAAGGAAAAAGGGAAGCAAGUCUUGGAUGGUCCUCAAACAACAGAGAAGGAAAAGACAACAGAGAGUAAACCGGAAGACUAUAAAGCAGCCACUGAAACACAAGACGGAAUCACCCCCACUGCCACUACCACCAUCAACAGCGACCCGGCGACAGCCCUCAUCAAUGUCCCAGAGCCACAGCCCUCAACAGUCCCGGCCGUGCCGGACCGGGGAACGACGCGGGCUACGUGGGCGCUCCUCUCGCUAGCCUUCUUCAUUGCCGACGUCUCGGCGGGCCUGGGCCCAUUCUUGGGCGUGUUCCUACAAGAGCACGGCUGGGGCCCGGGGCUUAUCGGCACCGUGUCGACGACGGGCGGCGUCGUGGCCAUGUUUUUGACGGCACCGAUGGGGGCACUCAUCGACGCGACGAAGUAUAAGCGGUCGCUCGCCGCGGCGUCUACCAUAAUCUGCAUGGGGGCCAAUGUGCUGAUUUUUCUCUCGCCGUCCGCCAAGGAGCUCGUCUUCGUUGCGCAGGUCAUCGUCGCCUCCGCCGGCGUGGCCUUGAUGCCCGUUAUGGUGGCGCUGACGCUCGGGGUGGCGCGUCAGAAGGGGUUUCACACCCUGAACGGCCGCAUACAGGCCGUAAAUCACGCAGGUAACAUGACAGAGGCCGGUCUUGGGGCCAUCCUGGGUCACAAAUAUGGGAUGCGCGCCGUUUUCUACCUCUCAUGGGCGUUUGGCGUCGUGACGCUCGUGUCCAUUGCCAUCAUCCCGGCGAAAGCCGUUGAUCACCAAGCGGCUAGGGGAUUGGAGAAGACCAACACGCGAAGAGGUGGCCAGACGGCCGCGAUCGGCCAACAGGAUCACCCGCAGCAGCAGGAUCAGCCACCACAAGAGGAAGAAGAGCGUGCAAGGGCGUGGAAGAUGCUGAUUCAGUGCAAGGAGCUACUCGUGCUAGGGGCGGCGCUGCUGGCGUUUCACCUUGGCAACGCAGCAGUGCUGCCGCUCUACGGGCAGGCCGUGGUGGCCGCCGAGAAGGCGGAACCGGCAUCCUUCACAGGCGUCACCGUGGUAGUGGCCCAGGGAACCAUGGUGAUCAUGGCACUGGCGGCAUCGCGGCUCGCUGUCAUCCGUGGCGUUGGGUAUUGGCCCAUACUCCUGGUGGCCUUUUGCUCGCUGCCGGUGCGCACCGUGCUGGCGGGCACCUUUAUAGAGUCGUGGGGCGUGUGGCCCGUCCAGGUGCUGGACGGCAUCGGGGCGGGGCUGCAGAGCGUCGCCACACCAGGAAGCGUUGCGCAGCUGUUGAGUCACUCUGGGAGGGUGAACGUCGGACUUGGCGCCGUUAUGACCUGCCAGGGCGUCGGGGCGUCGCUGUCGCCUGUGCUGGCUGGCUGGAUUGCACAGGAGAAGGGGUACAACAUUGCCCUUUAUGUUAUGGGUAUCUUCCCCAUGGUAUCUAUUGCGCUCUGGGUUGGGUUUAUAAAGAUCCUGAGGAAGCCAAAUUUGUCAUUGGGACAAGAGUCAGAGUAA